AUAAUGACAUUUGUACUAGUAGUAGAUGACCCAUCUUGACCUCCUUGUACAAUAUCCUCUCAUCCUCCCCUCCUCUCCACCUCCAACUAGAGACAGACCACUCGUGUCCCAUCUGGUGAUCCCUUCGCUGAGAUGUAUUCAUAUUCCCACAGAGACUACAGGCCGCGCGCCCCACGCUCUCCGCGUACGCGCAAGACCACCACAAGGAUGGAUCCGGACUGUGCUAUAUGUCACGCUCCUGCCUCUGCAGCUUGCGACUGCGAGGCCAAGGGACUUGAUGUUGCCAUAAAACAGGCUGAGCAGCGCAUGAUGCAGUCCAUAUACACUGACAUUCGGAGCUGGGUUCGGGCUCACGCGCAAGACUACAUCCUGGAAUACUUCCGUCUACUCACCGAGCGCCGAAAGACAGCUCACGCUGCUAACCUUGAACGCAUCAACGCCACUGCAUACCAUUACUAUCACGCCCCUCCUCAUCCCAGCGAGCUUGCCCAGGCGCAGGCUGCAUUGAAGCACGGCAUUGACGAGGAUUGGCAAUCCAGUGUCCAGCGAUAUCCCGAAGUCCUCGAGUAUUUCUUCAGUUUGGUCGAGCUGAACGUCCCUCCCGAUGAUGACCCUUUCGUCAAGGAUCCCCCAUUAAGCGCCCUCAGUGGCGGGUCCAAGAAUAGAUCUGGAAGAAGAAUUGGAGGCGGCGGGCCUCCUUCGGGCGGGCCUCCGGCCAUUGCUGCGCCUAGUAGUCAUGACAGAGAUCCAUUUGGGAGAAGAACACCACCACCACCCAGCAUGGACCUGCCACCGAUGCCCAGCAGAAUGGGCGGGAGAACGCCGGCCUUGAGGGAAAGAGAAAGAAGGCAAAUGCCGCCCAUGCCGCCGCAUAUGGGACCGCCCAUGGGACACCUUGGACACCCCGGAGGACCGCCACCUGGAUAUGGACGAACCGCACCUCCAGGUGCGGGUGCUUACUAUGGAUGGGGCGGGCCGCCAUGAAUGCUGAGAUCGACGAAACACACCAUCCAGAGCUAGGAGCUCUUGAAGUUCGAAUAUCAUUGGGUACGAAUCACGGCGUCUUUGCAAUUUUCUUAUGAUGUUAUUUUGAUGAGACCCACGAACUGCAUCAGCGGUCUUUUUUG